CGAUGACUAUGCGACUGAACUUGGAUCAUAUUUUGAGGAGUCAACUGAUGGAUAAACAACAGUUUGGCGAUCAUCAUUUGGCCAGAGCCACCGACAAGGAGAAAUCCACUCUCAGACUGGGUGCUGGCAAAUCGGAAGCGUACAAGUAUCUCGUGGAGAAGGGCAAUGUGGGCACCCGGGUGAACUCGAUGAUCUCCAGCAUACACCAGCACAUGAAGAUUACUGCUCCGCCACGUAAGUCUGUGCCUGCGGUGCCGGCUCCUAUUGCUCAGAUUCCAGUGGAGGCUUCCAUCAGUAAAACAUCCGCUGCAAAGAAGAUGCGUCGCAUCAAAGGCGGCGGCGGCACUGCGGUAGCAAGCAAUAAAGCCAUGCCACUGUCACGCAUGAAGGCGCGCAUUAAUCAGCAGUCACAGCAGAUUAUGCGACGCGGAUACGUAGAUUUGAAUCCGACAAAUUACACAAAUCAGCGACGCAUUCGUGAGGUGCUCGUGCAAAAAACUGUGCUAGAAAAUAUGUUGUUACAGCACAAGAGAUUGCAACGCGACAGGCAAACCAUUGCUCUGGACAUACAGCGAAUGCGUCAAGAUCUCGACAAAAUCAAAAAUAAACUGGACACAUCGAUGGAAGCCUUAAAAUCGACACGAACUCUCUACAGUGGUUUCAAUAAGGGCAAAAAGGGACUAUUGCCGCUGGGAUUGCCGACGAAUGCCACCCUUGCAAUUAAAUCGGCCACAAAACUCGUAACGAAAACGCAUUCUGCCAAAUCGAGUAAAAUUAUUGCAAAGAGGCAACAUACGCCUUCCACAAAGAAGAUGCGCGCGCGUCGUUAGAAUUUGAAUUUAAAUUUAAAUUAUGGAAAAUUAAUGCGCACUGUUUUCAGUGUUGCAAAUGUGUCUUUUAGACUGCAACAAUGUGGCAACUCUAAAAUAUUUUACGCGCGCCGCCAUAUGACCACUAACAAUCGAUAUGUAUCGCAUAUCGAUUACUCAAAUUGACAUCCCUAAAUCAUGGCGUCUGUCUCGCCUGUACUAGCCGACAAUUUUGUUAUUUCAUUUAUUUUCGUACAUUCUCGUUUUGUUUCACCCCAAUUAUUGGCCCAAUUGUCAGCUGUAAAGAGUAGUUAACUUAAACGCCCACACACGCACACGACGACAUGGGCUCAUCCAAGAAGCACAAAAAGAACAAAUCUGAGCGGCGCGAAAAAUAUGAGG